CUUACGCUGCACUCUGUACGUGAAAUGCAGUUGGUCGGGGAUUUCCCCUAGUUCCUCAGUCAGUUCCUUUGCAUUUCUGUUUUCUGUUCUCUGUUUUCAGCUUUCUCUGUUUUCCCUGCACUUCGCCUCGCUGCUUCUUUGCCGGAAGAUGGAAAGCCCGAAUUUGGUAGAGGCAGAGGGGCAAAAACAGUAGCAGAAGCAAUAAACGAAAUGUGCAGUCAACAAUAGUCCGACUAACGGGUUCGGCUCUCUUGCGAGAGUGUGUUGGUGUCGAAGUACAGUGAUACCUCGCCAGAGUCGAAGCCCAGCUAUUACCCAUUUAACUGUAUAAUUUAACUAAAUGUUUUGAUGGCAUAUAAGCUCCACUGUUCUUUUCUGUGUGCGUGUGUGUGCGUUCCAACAUGUUGUUGUUGCAUGCUCGUUGUCGUCGCAACACCAACACACACCCGCACAGACCGUGUGUGUGUGUAUGCGAAUUUGCGACUGUAUUUGUUGGCCGGGUCGCUGUUCAGUUGAGUGACUGAUAAGUUCAGUCGGCGUUCGUUUGGCGCCGAGAACGGUUAUCGCGUCCAAUCGAAUUUGUCCCAAGCUCGUUGCAAAUAACCAGGCGAACAUUUGCUGGAAACACUAGUCGCGCAAUUCGAUCGAAUAAUGUUGCUCUAAAUGGUGUUUUAUUCAAUUGUUGGUGUUUUUUUUCUGUGUGGCGUCCAGCAGCCGGCAAGUGAACAAGCUGUGUGGAAUUUCAUCAACGGAUAGCAGACUCCAGAGUUCCCGACUCCGAAAGCCGGUGCUCCAUUUAAAGGAUAUUCCAUGCCGAUGCCUUGCUGCUGGCUAAAUAAAUAGCAUCGAGGAGCGGCACUGGGCACUGGCAAACGGUUACGGAAUGGAUGCGCGCCGGCAGAAACGACUUGGCCCAGCGCCAAUUGCAUCCUUCGAGAAGUCAUUCGAGGACAAUGCCACGACAAAUGCACAGCAGCAGCAGCAGCAGGAGCAACAGCAUCACCAUCCACAUCCCCAUCACCAUCAGCAUCCUGGCCAAGUGGCGAUGAUGGAGCAGGGUCUGCGAAAUCAGACAACGAUGUCGAAGACGACGAAUCGCAAUAGAACCGCCGGCGGCAUAGAAGCACCCAGCAUAGCCAAUGCAUCCGCAUCUGCAUCCGCAUUAGCAAAUGCAAGUACAGCCGCCUCCGCAUCCGCAGCAUCCGCCUCCUCCUCCUCGUCGUCAUCGGUUUCAUCGGCCACUUGCUCGGCGACGAUUGUCCAGGCGAAGCAGCGACCGCCGCCCCUGAAAACGGCAACGACAACGGUGACCACCACCUUGGUGAGCAGCAGCGAGGGCGGUCAGCCCAUCCCACCCAGCGCCCAUGCGGCUGGUGGUGCUGGCGGCGGGGCCGGGGGCGGUGCGAAUGCGGGUGGAAGUUAUCGCGGAGCCACCACCCUGACCACGCCCUCCACGCCCCGCAUCGAGCUGAGUCGCGCCUCCAGUUCGUCGCAUCACGAGGAGGACAGCCGGGAGAGCAGUCCGGAAAAUGUAUUCGAGCAGGUCGGCACUGGCACCCUACAGGAAACGAUUGGCCUUGGAUUUCGGGAGGAGGGCGCCCUGGAGCUACGCAGCUCCACCGAGGAGCUGUACUUCAUGGAUCCCGAGCAGAAGAAGGAGGAGCAGGAGCGGAUCCAGCAGCAGCAGCAGCAGGCCAAGCGCUCAUCGCCGCACAUCUUUAAGUUCGAUGACCACCAGAGUUACCUGCAACAGCAUCAGCGCAAGGACUCGGCCAGUUCGGAGGUGGCUGCCCUGCUGUGCAUCUCGGGUCGCACCAGCCGCAUCUCGAGCGUGGGCAGCCAGGGCUCGGCGGUGAGUCGCCUCUCGGCGAUAUCGGGUGUCUCGCGCUCCCCCUCGCCGCAUCGCAUGCUGCUGGAGACCUCGUUCUGCGGCCCCAAGCCCGUGGAGCUGGCCGGUAGUGGUGGCGCCAGCAACGCCUCCACGGCAGCCAGCUCCGCACAUAGUCAGGCGGAUGGAAUGCCGGGUGCCGGCACUGUGGCCGCAAAUGCGGCGCUAUUGGAGCAACUGUUGCUGGCCCGUAAACAUGAUCCCACCCAGGCGGUACUGGCCGAGGGCAUCAAGGUGCUGCCACCCGCACCAACAAGUUCCGCAGCCACCACCUCAAGUCGCAGCAGGAGCAGGCAGACCAGCACGCUGGCCAACGGCGAACGGAUAGAGAAGGAGCCAAAGGUGAAGCAGACGAUUGGCGCCCAACGCAGGAGCACCAAGAGCCCGGGUCAAAUGGUUGUGGGCAAGACGGCCAGCGGCACGGAGUACAUAAGGAUUAAUCUCAGGCCGGAUCAUAUGUACAGUGACAAGGGCAUUGCCUCCAAUGAGCGCGUGGUGGAGGCACCCAAUCAACUGGCACCGGUUUACUCCAAGCCCGCCUCGCUGAGCCUGCAGGGUGCACCCAUAGAGGAGCAUCGCUUGACCCCCACAGCGAGUCCCAAGCCGGGUCGACGAUUGACCAGUCGUUCACCAUCACCCGCCACUGGAGCUGGCGGCGGAGCAGGUGGCUCCGUGUCCCGCAAGAGCUCCUUCAGCUCGCUCUUUCGUUUGGGCAAGGACUCACCGGAUUCGCCCAGGGAAACGGCUCGUUCGCGUAGCAAAAGCAAAGAACGACCCGCCACGGCAUCGGGCGGAUUGGGAGGCGGAGGCGGUUCCCAGAAUGUGACGCCCAGCAAGCAGAAGUCCGUGCUGGCCAUCUUCAAGCCGGGAAAGAGGGGUAGCCAGAGCAGCAAGAGCUCGUCGCCAAUAGAGUCCAGUGUUGAGCCAGUGCCACCGCCUCCUCCACCGGCACCGGGAUCGGGGUCCACCAAUCGCAGUCGGACCCCAGUGGGCUCUCGACCCGGCAGUCGUCUGCGUUACUACGAUGAGCCAGUGGAGGGUGUUAUCCAUAUACCGCUGCACACACCGCCCGAGGAACGCGAGGCGCGCACUCUGCUGCAAGGCAUCCAGCAGCUGACCCAUGCGGCGCAGGCCAGCAUGGAUCCGUCGCCGCUGCCCACCCACCGAGCUCCGCCCGCUUCCGCUCAGCCGGUGGCACCGGGCACGCAGAUCACAGCCACCCAAUUGGCGGCCGCGGCGGCUGCCUUGCGUCCCGUAGCCCAAAGGAGGGUGGCCCAACGACCGGAUUUGGACGCCAUACAAUCGCUGCCCAGUCAGGAGGAUCCGCCAACGGCGCCUGGCGAGGAGCAAAUCCUUCAGCAGCCGGAACCGGCCAACUGGAGCCUGGAGGUCCAGCGGCACAGCUCGCAGGAUUCGCAGGAGACGACGGCCGAAUCGGUGGGCUCGGUGGUUAGUGCCCGGGCAGCUAAUCUUGCCCAGCAACGGGAGCAGGCAGCCAUGCAGCGACUGCCCUCGGUGGAGAGCACACAGAGCGCCUGCGAGCCGAGAUUAGUGCACACGGUGGCCACCGUGAAUGUGCCCAAUCCUGAUUCGGAGGCAGCAGCCAAGGAGCGCCGCCGUCUGCUAUUCGCCACUCGGCUGGGUUCCGGCAGCCAGGAGCAGCUCUUCUCCACCCAGUUCAGUAUUUCGAAGACAGAGAGCCAGUCGAGUCAGCUAUCCGAGCAAGUGGAGCACUCUGGCUCUGAAACCACGGAGGGAUUGCAGCGCCAAGGAACAGUGAUUCGAAGAAUGGAGACCGGACCACCACCACCUCCGCCAAGGGGCGUCUGCAGUUCGGAAGAGGAGCAAGGCGGAGUCAUGUCCGGAUCGGUGGUGAUGCGUGCAAAGCGCACCAAGUCGCGUCCCAGCUCGGAGGAUGAAGCUGCUCCGACGGCAGCGGCUGCCUCAGCCGAUGUGCGACACUCGCGUUACUUGGAGAACUUCGAUGUGCGCCGCAAGCUGCACGAGAAUCUUACGGAGGCGGAAGUGGGUCGAUCGGGUGAAAUGACAGGCGGUCAGGUAACCAUACCCAGGAAGCCAAAGCGACAAAGUGUCCCAGAAUCGAGACGUGAAACCCCUAGCUAUAGUUCUGGAACUGUCACGCCCACCACUCCCACACCAACACCAGCCACUCCAGUGGGCCAAUCCAAGCAGCCACCGUCAUCAGCAACCACUCCCACAUCCAAAGGAGUUCCAGUGACCACUACACCCGCCGCCGCUGUUCAAGCUUCCACUUCUUUUACGGGUCCUCCAGGCACUUCCUCCAAUGAGCCACCAAACACCACCCGCAGGGAUCAGCCCAGCACUUCGUAUAAGGAGCCACCAACUGGUACCUCUAGGGAACCUGUAACCACUUCCGUUGGGGAGCUCCCAAGCACUUCUCAUCACGAUUCUCUGACCAGUGUAUCCUACCCGCCACCAGAACGUCGUCACUCGCAGUCAACGGAUGAGCACGAGCCCGUGGAAUCCUCGGAGAGUGAAAGGGACUCGGACCUGGCCGGUAGCUCCUCGGUGACUACGGCUGUUCCUGCUGGUGGAGAAGCAGGACGACGGCACCACAACUUCCCGCGCAACGUGUGCGUCAUCGAAGAGCACGAGAGCACGGGCCUGGUGUCUCAAGAGUCUUUCGAGGACGAGCUGCCCUACAUACCCACCACGCUACCCGAGGAGCGGGCCCAGGGUGUAUCUAUAAUCCCCAUGAGGGAACGAGCGAAUAUGGAGCUGAAGACGUGCCCGGUGGACAGGCCAAGAUCCACCACGCCGCUGAAUCCUUCGCAUCUGGAGGAGUACUGUACGGGAAUCAUGACACCGCAGGAGGCCACACCAGGUGGUUAUCAAGAGACCGAUGGCGUAGGAGGUGUUACCACUGGAAUUGCAGGCGGAGGAGUGGCGGGAACUCCAGUGCGGGGGGAGAAGCUGAGGAUCAGUCUACCACGCAAGGAGUCCAUCGGCAAGGAGCGCAUCCAGAACUCCAAGUCACCGCGUCGUGUGUCCAACACCAGUGGCAAGUCCUGGUUUGAGUUCGCCGAGGAGGGUCUACGAGCCAAUAACAACCUGGAGCGCAAGGACUCAGCCAAGCAGUUGCUCCCGGUGGUCACACCACCACCAGCUGCUCCUUCUACCCUGGAGGAACCGAAGCCGAAGGCCUCAACCCAACGAAAGCUCUCCGGUCAUUGGAUCGACUUUGAGAACAUACCCGAGAAGAGGAAACCGGCCAAGAGGAUCACCACCCUGCCCAAGGAAACGUUGACGAGCACUGUACCCGCCGCGGCCACCACCAGUUCCUCCUCCGCCUGCGGCAGUGGUCAUCGAUCCGGCACCGGAGCUGGCCAUCAUCAUCAUCACCACCACCAUCAUCAGCAGGCGUCGAAAACGAAUCCGGAUGGCGGGGAUAAGUUGCACUACAACUACGUAAAGCCGGAGGACUGCCAGUGCGAGUGUCACGAGGCGGAGCGCGGCGAAUCCUCGCAAGCAACGGCCGGAGCGGGAGAUACCAGUACAGAAACGGGCACUGGAACGGGAACGGGCAGUGAGUCUCUGGCGUCCGUGGAGCUGUUGCAGCAGGGCGAGGACAUGUUGCCACUACUCGAACCCGAUACCUCGGCGGAGAGCAGAAUUUACGGGGACGACGAGCAGGCGCCUCUAAUGCGUCACAGUGGCAAGGGAGUCACUCAACCCAGGAGCCAGCAGGAGGAGUUCUCAACUCCUCGCAAUCGCAAGUUUCCCGACAGGAAGUAAGCAGCUCUCUUCUUUUUGGUUCAAAACGGAUCGGUUCUUUCUAGAUCUUCAGGGUAGCUAAGCCGGUAAUCUAACUCUAUGUAAGUCGAGUCACUAAACUAAGGGCCAGCGCGUCCUACUGGCCCAUAUCCUUAAUGUACCUCAAGCAGAGUGGUUGUUAUGUUAUAAUCGCUUGACAAUGAUGCGUAUUAUAUAACUCUCGACUCGAUUAGCUAAACACUCUAUAUGGAAUACAGAAGGCAAAUCAAAUAAUAUGAAAAGGAAUAUACUUUAAACAUACGAUUAUAUGCAUACGAUACUCGGUACUAUAUAGCUCAUGAAUGUAUGUACAUGGUUAGGGUAAUUUUUUUGAUAGCAACAAUUACAACACUCACUCUAUGUAGCAAUCCUGACGGACGAUCGUUUUCCCUAGAAACUUUUCGCUGGCAAUUUUACUAUAUGUGAUCUCGGAUAGAGUGUUAGGCAUGUGUGGGGUCGGUCGAGGCGAGUUGGACAUCCGAUCGGAUUCUCUAGCUGUAAGUCGGUGUAUUUGUGUGUAGUUUGUUAACUAGCUCAGACAAAUCCAGGAUCUAGAAUCCAGAAUCCAGAAUUUAGAAUCGAGAAUCCAGAGUCCCUAGGCUUAGUUCUAUAUAGCUGCAUGCGAAUGUGCUAUAUGCAUGUGUGCGUGUUGUGGAGAUCUAUAUCUCUCGGUAGCACCAUUGCUCCCAAUUUCGCCCCAUAUCUCUAGGAAUCUCACAAUGAGACACAUUGAACGAUCUAUGAACGAGUUGUAAUCGUUUUCAGUUGGUCAAAUACAAAAGUUAGCCUGAUUCAUAGCCUUUAGUUGAGUUCGAAGCGUUAGUUAGUUAGUCAGCCCCGAUUUACUGGGUGUGUUGUAAAUACAUACAUAAGUCAAAACUAGAUUACAGUAUUCGAUGAAAAUUGAUUUUGGCAAUUAUACCCAUUUUUUUGCGGCCCAAAGGAAGGCCGCCAAAAGUUUGUGAACUUUUAAAUGGGUUUAUUAUACAUAUAGACAUAUAUGAAUAUUAUUAUAUAGCCAACAAACUGCCAGCACACACACACACACACACACUUGCCAUAAGAAAAGUUCCUCCUUUGUUUUUGUUUUGGGGGUAACCGGUUGAGCAAACCACUGUUUGGUGACCCCGCUCUGUUUAUGCGCUCAAACAUCACGAUACGAAAACGAUCUAUAAAUUAGCUUCGAGUCCCCGAAGGGAAAUCCUUUUAAACACUCUCAUACGAAUAAAAAAAACACCCUUUAGCUAGCCUUUGAAAUUCCUAAAUACUUUAUUGAACUUAGCGGACAACGGACAUUCAUUGAAUUGAAGCAAAAUCAAGCGAAUAAAAACUAACAUUAAAGAAACUUAAGAAAACUUAUAGGUAAAUUAUACAAUACAUAAAGAACAUUGAAAAUGUGCGAAGAGGGAAGAGAAUAAAUGGGAGCUUGAUUCAAAAUACUGUACGAGUUUAUCGAACGAAUUUCACAGCCCCAUGCAUUCCCGACAAUGAAUAAUGAGUAAUGGAAACCUUUUUUGUAUUUUUUUUUAGUAGCAGAAGUGGUGAAGCACAAAAUGCACUCGAAACAUAUACGAUAUAUAGACGUAAUGACGAAUUCAAGCAAGAUCUUAACAAAUUGUACAAUAAUUUCCACAAUACGUUUAUGUGAGCAAAAUAUAUAUUCAUAUAUAUACAGAUCUAAAUGUAAAUGCAUUUACGCAUAAGUUGCGUUCCCCUUUCCGAAUCUUAUUCUCAAUACAUUUCAAUCGUUUUCGAAUAAGGUUUUUUUUGUAUUACUUAGACAAACCACGAAAAAAUUGUUGUUACAAAUGCAUUUACAUAACAAAAAGAAGGAGAGUUGAGCGAUUAAAUAAGCAAAGGAAUAUGAAGAAUUGUUACCAAAAUUUAUGCAUUCAUACGAAACACAAAGUAAAACAGAUGGGUUAAGCAAAGAAAAUAAAUUAAUAAAUAUAUAUGUAUGCACUUUCAUUAUUUAACGAUUUCAUAUAGGCGAUGAAGAUGAUUAUGCUGAAGAGCAGGCAGAACAUUAAUUGAAAACUAUUCAUUAA